CGGGCGUGGUAGAUCCCGCAGAGGCUCCGCCGGAGAUCCGCCUGCGGGGAAAUCCACGAGCCAAGCAGCGCCCGCGAGAAGGCUUUCUGCGCUCACCCCUCUUCUCGACAACCGCAGAAAAUGUUCCUGGUCAAAAACUUCCUCGGAGGAGGUGGAGGAGGUGGCGGCGGCGGCGGCGGAGGAAACAUCAACAUCGGCAAUAUGAUUGGAGGAUUUCUCAGCGGAGGGGGAGGUGGUGGUGGCGGGGGACGAGGAGGUGGAGGUGGCGGCGGCAGCGGCGCUCUUGGGAUCCUGGGAGGAGUCAUCAGUGCGAUCAGUGAAGCAGCCGCUCAGUAUAACCCAGAACCCCCGCCUCCCCGCAGCCACUUCUCCAACGUCGAAGCAAACGAGAGCGAGGAGGUGCGGCAGUUCCGGCGGCUCUUCACUCAGCUGGCGGGAGACGACAUGGAAGUGAGCGCUUCGGAGCUGAUGAACAUACUCAACAAAGUGGUUACCAGACAUCCCGACUUGAAGACUGACGGAUUUGGGAUAGAUACCUGUCGGAGCAUGGUGGCCGUCAUGGAUAGCGACACGACUGGCAAACUGGGCUUUGAGGAAUUCAAGUAUCUCUGGAACAACGUUAAGAAGUGGCAGUGCAUCUACAAACAGUACGAUACGGACCGGUCUGGGACCAUCGGCAGUAACGAACUCCCGGGAGCCUUUCAAGCAGCAGGUUUUCGACUCAACGAGCAGCUCUACAGCAUGAUCGUGCGCAGGUAUUCGGAUGAGAACGGGAACAUGGACUUCGACAACUUCAUCAGCUGCCUGGUGCGCCUGGACGCCAUGUUUCGUGCCUUCAAAUCUCUGGACCGGGAUGGGAGCGGACAGAUCCGAGUGACCCUGAAGGAGUGGCUGCAGCUCACCAUGUAUUCGUAAGAACUAGGAGGACGCACCUUCCUCUGACCUCCUCAAGCCCUUCUGGAAUAUUUUAGAUCUCCGCACGCUGGGUUUGAUUUCCAGCCUCUCCUGGGAAGCAGUACAGAAUCCCUUUGCUCGUUCUUUGUUUUUGUUUUUUUGGUGUUUUGCUUUUUCACCUAUCCCUUUUCCUCCUAAACCAAAACCAGCUCGGUUUCCUAUUGUAUUGUAUUGCAUUUUUCAUAGCCAGUAGGAGAAAAGAAAGUCACUCCACCUUGCUUAAUUUUGCACUGUCUUCAUUGGGGCGCUCGUGGCGUCUCUCGCGAAGAGGCUCCCGGAUUGCCACAGCGUUUUGCUUCUCUCUCCCCGAUGACUCAGUUUCCAGCAAUCCCAUGUGGAGUCAGUAUCCGUUCUGCCAAACGGUGGUCCAUGUUUGGGGUAGGGGAAUUGCUGAUGUUGCUGUCUACCCAAGAGAAGCCCCGGCACCUCUGUUGUGGGUUUUUUUGUGGGGGGGCUAACAUGCUUUGUGCUUUGGCAGGGCGCAAGACGACAGCCUGCCCACUGCUUCUGCCCCCCACGGAAGACGCACAUUGGCUGUUGCAUUGAUUUCAUCGGAUAGUAGCUGAUACAGACCAGGCGUCUCCAACACGGAGCUGUGGUGGCUGUGGAGUGUUUUUUUUUAAAAUGGGUGGGGCUUCUGCCCAGCAAGGCUUCUGAUUGGCUGUGUAGAUUUUGAAAAAAAAAACCCACAUUGCCGCUGUCACCGCGGCACAGAGAUCUUUGUUGUGGAACUGAGGGAAAGUUGAGGCAGCCAUUUUGUGUCUGGUUCUGCUUCCAAUGGCGGCCAUUUUGUGGCUGUGCCCACCACACGGUGUCAGAAUUCCAACGGCGCCCCCCAGGCUUUAAAAGCUUGGGGGGCCCCAUGUUAGGCCAAGGGCUGCUCAGUUGAGAACGAAAUAAAAUGAGGGUGGCACACGUGAAAAAAAAAACUUCCUUCAAUGAGGGAAAUCUCCCCCAUUAAAAAGAACAAGUAGAGGGACAAAGUUUCUUUACACUCCACAUGGAUGUAAUGCUAAAAAUAAAAAAAUAAGUAGGUUAGGAGCUGAGAAAGCCUGCCAGCAACUAUUUAAAUUAACAUUAUAGAGGCAUAUGCUUUUUUAAAGAUGCUGCAAUCCUACCUAAAAGGCAUUGCUGAAAAGUCGGCUUUCUAUUUCCAGUCCACAGCCAAAACCCAUUGAAUCCGGUCCAGUUUGCACAUUUUGCAGACUGGAUGACAGUUUGCGUGCCAAGAGACCCCCCCUUCCGCCUCCCCCCAACACCACACUGGCACCGCGUGGAGUUUCUGCACAUGCAUUUUGAAGGAACAAAGGGUGGGGUGGGGCUCUCGGGCGAGGGUUGAUGGGCUGGAAUGUGAAACCUGGAAGUUAUGGGUUUGGAAUUCCUGCAUGACCUCGUCAGUCUUCAUUGGAAAAGGGGUGGAAGGUUGGCCUUACAUUUCAGUGUCUGCUUUCCAGAAUGCUGUGAUAAAUUCAGAAACAUUGAAGUCAAAGGGAGUCCGCUUGAGGGACGGACUGCCGUAAUAAACUCGUGCCACAUCCGCCCGCCCCUAGAAACGGGAUACCAAAUUCAACCUGCAACAGAGGGUGAUAUUAGGGAACAUUUGUCCUAAAAUAGGGCUUGGGUUGACUUCAAAGAUUGAUCUUCAACAAUUGAUUCUUCACAACAUCACCCAGGCUAGACUGCCUGUGGGAUUCUGGCUAAAAGGUAACCAAGUCAGAGCCGUAGAGAGCCGUCUCGGUCACCUCGUGUCUGGAAUAGAAAAAGCAGGAAAGAGAGUGUGCCUUCUUUGAAUAUUCUAAAGUACACAUCUUUGGUAAUGAGAGGAUCCCUGCGUAUUUCCCUGCCAAAUGCUGUUGGGGGUUUUGCCUUGUAAUGUACCAGCUGUCUGUCUCCUAACACACCCACUUUGUGUUCUAAAAACUCAGUAGCAACCAGAAUAAAAAUUGUGUAACAACAA